AUGAAGAUUUUUUUCCACUACCAGAUGUUUAGGUUCAUCUGGUUCACCAAGCCAGCUGUCCGACACUUCCAUAGAAAUCAUCAAUUUCGGGCACCUCUUGCUCUUGCUGACUUGGAAUCCAUCAAUCGCUGUGAAAUGUCAUUGCCUAAGAACUUUAAUUUUGCUGGGGAUGUGCUAGACCAGUGGUCACAAAAAGAGAAGACUGGAGAGAGACCAGCCAGCCCAGCCCUGUGGUGGGUGAAUGGCCAAGGAGACGAGGUGAAGUGGAGCUUCAGAGAACUGAGUACCUUGACCCGAAAGGCUGCUAAUGUGCUUACUAAGGCCUGCCACUUGCAGAGAGGAGACAGAGUGGCUGUGAUUCUACCCAGAAUCCCUGAGUGGUGGCUGAUCAAUGUGGCUUGCAUGCGGACAGGGCUUGUCUUCAUGCCAGGAACAACCCAGCUGACAGCAAAAGACAUCCUCUACCGACUCCAAGUAUCCAAGGCCAAGGGCAUUGUGGCCACGAAGGAGGUGGCCCACAUAAUAGAGUCCAUUGAAUCUGAGUGUCCUAGCCUGAAGAUGAAAUUGCUGGUGUCUGCACAGAGCCAGCAGGGAUGGCUCAACUUCCAGGAGCUAUUUCAAUCUGCUUCUGAAGAGCACAGCUGUGUGGAGACAGGAAGUCAAGAACCAAUGGCCAUUUAUUUCACCAGUGGAACCACGGGCUCCCCUAAGAUGGCUCAGCACUCACAGAGUAGCCUUGGCAUUGGGUAUGCCCUUUGUGGAAGGUACUGGUUAGACUUGAAAUCCUCAGAUAUCAUAUGGAAUAUGUCUGAUACAGGCUGGAUCAAAGCUGCCAUUGGUAGUGUAUUUUCUUCCUGGCUUCGGGGUGCCUGUGUUUUUGUGCACCAGAUGGUACAGUUUGACACUAACACCUUCUUAGAUACACUUACCACUUACCCCAUCACAACCUUGUGCAGUGCUCCCACAGUGUACCGGUUGCUUGUGCAGAAGGACCUUAAAAGAUACAAAUUCAAGAAGCUGCGACACUGCUUGACAGGAGGAGAGCCACUCAAUGCCGAGGUGCUGGAACAGUGGAAGAUGCAAACUGGGCUGGAGUUGUAUGAAGGCUACGGACAGACAGAAGUGGGAAUAAUUUGUGCCAAUCAAAAAGGACAAGAAAUUAAGCCAGGCUCCAUGGGGAAAGGAGUAUUACCCUAUGAUGUCCAGAUUAUAGAUGAAAAUGGCAAUAUUUUACCAUCUGGCACAGAAGGGGAAAUUGCCCUCAGACUAAAGUCUACACGGCCCUUCUGUUUCUUCUCUGAAUAUGUGGACAAUCCAGAAAAAACUGCUGCCACCAUGAGAGGAGAGUUUUAUGUCACUGGAGACAGAGGAGUGAUGGACAGUGAUGGCUAUUUCUGGUUUGUUGGGAGAGCUGAUGAUGUCAUUAUAUCCUCUGGGUACCGCAUUGGCCCCUUUGAGGUGGAGAGUGCAUUGAUUGAGCACCCAGCAGUUGUGGAAUCGGCUGUUGUCAGUAGUCCAGAUCCAAUCCGAGGAGAGGUGGUGAAAGCUUUUGUUGUCUUAUCUGCACCCUUCAAAUCAUCCAACCCUGAGCAGUUAACUCUUGAACUUCAGGAUCAUGUAAAAAAAUCAACUGCACCUUAUAAAUAUCCAAGAAAGGUGGAAUUUGUUAAAGAACUCCCAAAGACAAUCACGGGGAAAAUCAAACGCAACGUGUUACGAGAACAAGAAUGGGGUCGAGCAUAG